CUGAUCCUGCCUCAUGUUUCGCCCUUACCUUCUUCGUCGCUGUCUUUCCCUUCCAUCUCCAAGAGUAGGGGCCUGCAGAAUGCAGAGUGCAGGGGGUGUAACGACCCCAAAGAAAUUGCAAGGGAAAGUGGCACUUGUGACCGCAUCCACAGAAGGGAUUGGCUUAGCAAUUGCUCGGCGGCUUGGCCAUGAUGGUGCCCGUGUGCUACUUAGCAGCCGCAAGCAACAAAAUGUAGACAGAGCAGUGCAGGAUCUGCGCAAUGAGGGUCUAGAGGUGGAAGGAACUGUCUGCCAUGUUGGAAAUAGAGAAGACAGGGAGAAACUUAUAGAGACGGCUGUGCAGCGGUUUGGAGGAAUUGAUAUUCUGGUUUCCAAUGCAGCAGUAAAUCCAUUUGCUGGAAGUAUCUUGGAAUCUAAUGAGGAAGUGUGGGACAAGAUUCUGGAUGUUAAUGUUAAGGCCACAUUCUUGUUGGUGAAACUUGCUGUACCCAAAAUGCAGGAAAGAGGGGGUGGCAGCAUUGUGAUUGUCUCAUCGGUUGCUGGUUUCACUCCCUUUCCAACCCUUGGUCCAUACAGUGUCAGUAAGACUGCCUUACUUGGCCUCACCAAAGCUUUGGCCCCAGAACUAUCACCUUUGAAUAUACGAGUGAACUGUCUAGCACCCGGGCUCAUCCGCACCAAGUUCAGCUCUGCACUCUGGAAGAAUGAGGCUGUAUGCGAACAUCUAAUGAGCACACUGGGUAUUAGCAGGAUUGGGCAGCCUGACGACUGUGCUGGAGCAGUUUCUUUCCUGUGUUCCCCUGAUGCCUCAUAUAUCACUGGGGAGACAAUUGUAGUUUCAGGAGGGAGUCAUUCUCGUCUCUGAGGAAGAAUUUUAUGAUUGUAACCAACCCCCAUUUUUAGUAAUGUUCUAUAUAAUUACCACAACAAUGACUCAACCUUUACCCAUGAAGUGUUUAAUUUCUCUGGGAGCAUCCACUUUUUACAAAUGGCAACUUUUGCACAUCAUUCAGAAAUUAUAAUCAAAAAAUACAAUCACAGUAGGUAUUUUGCUGGGUAAAUCUAGCACAACAGAGGGUACCUGUAUGGGCCGAUAUACAGUAAAAUAUCUUCAUAUAGUAAAAAUGUGAUAAUAAACAUCAAA